CCUUCUUACUCUCUUUUUUCAAUGCAAUAACAUACACUACAUUCUCAAAACUUUUCCACAUAGUUUUCAGUUUGCAGCCAUGGAAACUGGUAUAGCAUGUUACUCCCGUGGAGCUUUCUUUCCUACUGUUUCUUCCAAACACUCCCUACCCUCUAUCACUCCCUCUUCUGGUUAUAGGAGUUUGAAAUCUAGCUCUUUCUUUGGAGAAUCUCUUAGAGUGUCAUCCAAAUCAACACUCAAGCUUUCAAGAACAAAGGCUACUUCAGUCAUAACCAAAUGUGAAAUUGGUGACAGUUUGGAAGAAUUCUUGUCAAAGGCGACACCGGAUAAGGGUCUGAUUAGGUUGAUGGUGUGCAUGGGAGAAGCAUUAAGAACAAUUUCUUUCAAAGUGAAGACAGCUUCUUGUGGUGGAACACAAUGUGUUAAUUCUUUUGGGGAUGAACAGCUUGCAGUGGAUAUGCUUGCAAACAAUCUUCUUUUUGAGGCCUUAAAACACUCUCACUUCUGCAAGUAUGCUUGCUCAGAAGAAAUUCCUGAGCUUCAAGACAUGGGAGGUCCAGUUGAAGGUGGAUUUAGUGUUGCAUUUGACCCUCUUGAUGGUUCAAGCAUAGUAGACACAAAUUUCACAGUUGGCACCAUCUUUGGUGUUUGGCCUGGUGAUAAGUUGCUUGGAGUCACAGGAAGAGAACAAGUUGCUGCAGCUAUGGGAGUUUUAGGUCCCAGAACUACUUAUGUUCUUGCUCUUAAAGAUUUCCCUGGUACUCAUGAGUUUCUCCUGCUUGAUGAAGGAAAAUGGCAGCAUGUCAAAGAGACUUAUGAAAUUGGUGAAGGAAAACUAUUCUCCCCUGGGAAUUUGAGAGCUACAUUUGACAACACCAAUUAUGCUAAGUUGGUUGAUUACUAUGUCAGAGAAAAAUACACAUUGAGAUACACUGGAGGAAUGGUUCCAGAUGUCAAUCAGAUUAUUGUAAAAGAGAAGGGAAUAUUCACAAAUGUGACAUCACCAACUGCGAAAGCGAAGCUGAGACUGUUGUUUGAGGUAGCUCCAUUAGGACUAUUGAUUGAAAAUGCUGGAGGUUACAGCAGUGAUGGUUACAAAUCUGUACUAGACAAGGUUGUUGAAAACAUUGAUGAUAGAACUCAAGUUGCUUAUGGAUCAAAGAAUGAGAUCAUUAGGUUUGAAGAAACAUUGUAUGGUUCAUCAAGGCUCAAGGAAGGUGUACCUGUUGGAGCAAGUGCUUAAACUGUUAACCAACAACAAUUCAUUUUCAAUUUUUAUAUGCUUUUUUUGCAAAAAAUAUAAUGCUAUCUUUGAGACAACUAUGCACAAUAUAGUCAUAGAUUCCCUAUUUAUGACUAGAACUAUAUGUAUAAUUUAUGUUGGUAUAUGGCCAACAUCUAAGCAUCUCUAGUCAUGAAGUUUGCCACA